AUGAGGGAAGGGUUGAGGUCAAGUAGUUCGAAGAAGGAGGAUGAUAAGGUUGGUUUAGAAUACAGUGUUGGUAAUUUCAGAAGGGUUAAAAUUCCUGAUUUGAAUUUAGAGGAUGACCCGGAUGAUGUUUUGAGCGAGGAAGUGGGGAAAUUAGGCUCUGAAGUGAGCAAGACUGACGGGAAGUCGAAUGGGGUAGUGUGUGAGAAAGAAGGUGCUGGUGAUGAUGAGGUGAAGGGUAUGGAAGUUGAGGAUGGAGGGGAGAUAUACGCGACUCUGGAGUUCGAGUGCAGCCGUGAUGUUGGAGUUGAGGAAGAGGUGGUGGUGGCGGAGGCAGUGGACGGUGGAGAAGGUCAUAUAGGUGAUGUUGAUUUGAGUAUGGAGGUUCGUUCAACUAGGGCAAUCAAUGAUGAAAAGAAAAUUGAUGAAUUUUCUGAGAAUGUAGGUGGAGAGGAGAAGGAAGCAGGAGUGGAGGGGUUAAAAUGUUCUGUUGAUUCUGAUGAUCGGGCUUUGGAGGCAGCUUUAGCUAUUGAUAAGAAUAAGGGUGCGGAAGAUGAUGAAGGGAAGGUGCGUUCUUUGAGUGUGGAGGGGUCUAGAAGUAUAAAUGGUAAUUGUGACGGCGAGACUGAGGAUAUGGAAGAGCAUGUAGAUGCUGAUAAUAAAUUGUCCAAGGAUAUGCAAUCAAAUCUCGAUGCACAAAUGGAAUCUCCUGAGAAGGAAAGUGUUACUGUUGGCAUUAAAUGCAAGUUUGAUGAAGUUGAUGGUAGUGAAGGAUUCAAAAAAGAGGCCAAGCAAGAAAGGGUCCAAGUUGCUGCUAGAGUUUUGAGAUCCAGGGUUGUGCCAGCUAAUGGUUUGGGAGAGGAAAUUGAAGGCAGGAAUAUUGGAUUCUCGCAAAGGAAAAGGAAGAGCAUAACUGAUGGCCAUAAAGAAGCAGCAGUCGUAGUGGAAGAUGAAAGUAGUAGAUCAGCUUUGGAAAAGUCAUGUGGUAUUAGAAAAAGCAAGAGAUCAACUGAUCACCCUGGGGAGGAGUUAGUUGAGCCAAACAAUGCUCGAGUUGUUUCUGAAACUGAGGAUGAAAACGUGAACAAUAAGCUUAUUAUAAGUUCUGAAAGGAAGAGAAAGCGUGGUAGGCCCAAAUUAUCCAGAAAUCACCCUGAAAAAGAGGUGGAUCAGAUUGAUGAAGAAAUCAAGUCUGUUUCUAAAGUUGAUGAGGAGGGUUUGGACAAUAAAUCUGCAAGAAGUUCAAAAAAGAAGAAUGGACGUGGACGGCCUAGGAAAUCUGCAAAUGCCUUUGAAAAUGAGAGAGUCGUUCCUUAUAAGGUUAAAAAUGAAGCUGGGAGGAACAACAAUUCAGCAAGUUCAAAAAAGAAGGAUGGACGUGGACGGCCUAGGAAGUUUGCAAAUUACCUUGAGAAUGAGAAAGCUGCUCCUAUAAAGGUUGAAAAUGAAGGUGGAGACGUAAGCAACAGAUCUGUUGGAAUUUUGACACCGAGGCGCGUAAGUGGAAGGCCAAAGAGAUCCGUUGAUUACUCUGAAGAGCAAAUAGCUCAAAAGAAGAAGAAACUCUCCUUUUCUAAAGUUGAAGAUGAAGCUCCGGCUGAAGUUGAAGACAAGAGUUUAAGUAACAGGUCAGUUAGAAAAUCAAAAAAGAAGGGCAAGCGCGGAAGACCCAAGAAAGAGCCAGAAAUUGAUGCAGUGAAGAUUGUUUGUCAUGAAAAUGGCAAUGGCAAGGUGAAGGGUGACAGGGAUUUAAAAGUUUCUCUUGUAACAGCUCCUGUCAGAAGAAGCAGACGGGACAGUCAUCCUCCUAAAGUAUCAGAGAAGCCUAGUGAUGGAGUACCUCUUGAGAAGGUAGUUCGGUCAGGUAAAAAGGUCAAUUUUGUCGGACUUGAUAAAGACGCAGUUGAAAGAUCUUCAAAAGGCGAAGAAACUCCGUUACCUGAAAACAAUUCACCUGCAAAGCGCAAGAGGGCUGAAAUAGCUGGGCUGGACAAUUGA